AUGGCUGGAGAUACACGAGAACCCGAUCGGGCGUCGUCCGAUCAAUCUACCGCCAACAGCACCGAUCAACCUACCAAGAAACCCAAGCACGAAUUCCCAAGACGCAGUGAAAAGCCAAAAGAAAUCACAUUCACGGAAUCGCUCAAGUCGAUAUCUCUGAAGGAUUUUACUACUUUCUAUAAGGCGCCCUGUGCACGGGAUUCUCUAUUGGUUGGACUGGGCGCGGGAUUCGGUGUCGGCGGGCUUCGGGGCGUUCUUGGAGGUAUCGGAUCGGUCUGGCCCGCCUGUAACUGGGCUGUGGGUACUUUCGCAGUUGCGUCCAUCGUGGCACACGAAUAUUGCCAGCGCCGUCGUGCCAAGGAAAUAGAUGGCAUGAAGCAGGCCGUGGAAUUGAUGCGGGAACUCCAGAUCAAGAAACAGAAGGAGAAAGAACAAAAGAAAGCCGCUGAAGAGGCCGCCCGCCAGGCGGAGGAGGAGGAGCGGAGACGGAAAAGUUGGACCAAUCUCUCGAACUACAAGUUCUGGUAG